UUCAGUAUUACUCGAAUUCUCAUUCUGUUCGUGUCUCAUUUUGCUUUGCUCUCGUCAAAAUAUGUGUCUAAUUAACAACAAUAAUCAUUUCACGGUUAAAUUAGUUGCUUUCGGGCUCGUUCUUCUGCUUCAAAGCGUUUCGGCAAAAGAAUACAAAAGAUGCGAAGUAACAAACAUUCUGAAAGACAAUGGAUUUGAUCGAUCGUUACUUCCUGCAUGGGUUUGUUUAGUGGAUGCGGAGAGCGGAAGGAAUACCGACAAGAUAACAACGCACGGUUAUCACAAAAGCUACGGAUUAUUUGCGAUUCAGAGCAUGGAUUAUUGCACGCCCGGCAAGAAAAAUGGAGGAGGAUUGUGCAAAAGUGACUGCAAUGAUUUCAUUAACGACAACAUUUUGGAUGACAUGACGUGCGCAAAAAAGAUUCAAGCUGCCCAUGGGUUCAAAGUAUGGCCUAAAUACGAAACCUCAUGCAAAGGAGUGCAUCUCCAAAGUUGGAUCGAUGACGUGAAUAAGUGCUUAAAUGGGAAAAUUCUCAUGAGAAACGACUUUGACACAACGCAAUUGAUUCCGGAUCCCGACCACUCCGCAGCAAAUAUCAAUACAAGUAGUUUUAUUACAGGCAUCUUACUUGUGACAACGACGCUCUUAAUGCUUCAUUGAUUGAUUGAACAAACAAAGAUUUUAUUGUGAUUAUUUCAACAUUUUUUGAUAUUUGCCAAAGUAUUUUUUUAACAUUUGAAUAAAAUUGUAGACAAGUAUUGAUCAAAUAUUGCUCGGAUAUUCGCAUUUUUGUAAAAUUUACGAUUUACGAAGCCAAAAAUUGAAGUUCACACAAAUGAAGACAAAGAAACAGUCGACGUUGAGUUGAAAUCUCAACAAAAAAUGUUCCUG